AUGAUUAAACUAAUUAUCAGAGAUAGAACACACAUCAAACAUGUUAAGAACAUUUUGGAAGAACACAAGUGGUUGAAUAAAUCUAAGAAGAUUGAUAGUCAUCAAGGUAUAUUUACGAUAUAUACCACAUUGACUUUGUUGCCCACAAUUUUAUCAGGUUAUGAAUAUGGCGAAUAUGAAGAAACUCCAAAUCAAGAAGGCACGGGAAAGAAAACUUUACAAUUUAUUGUGGAAGAGUACUGCGUGCGUAAUGGCAUCGACGUAUUGGAAUUCCCCAAAAGAUGGUCUCUCUACCCGCCCAUGCUCCUCUUUAACUCCAGUUUAACCUUUAGUUCCAACACCAACACCAACACCAACACCAACACCAAUACAAAUUUAAAUGGAGAUAUUUCACUACCUUCUGAGUUGUGCGAGGAGUUGCUCAAAAACCAAUUGGAUUUGUUUGGCACUUGUAACAUAACUCAUAUUGCAAUAAACAAGCCCAUUAUUGAAUCUGACAUUAUGCGGCGACCGCAUAAUAUUGUUCCGCUAUAUGGAGACUUUGGUCCACGCUUGCCACUAGAAGACUAUAGACCAACUGCUAAGGACUUCCAAAAUGCCUUUUGGUGUCAUGUUGUACAGAAUGGUAUAUGGCAGACCUGGGCUCCGUUGUAUACAAUGUUUUCUCGCGGAAACAUAAAGGAGAAAAAGAGGAUUUUAGAUAAUUACAAAACUUUACAAGGCACAGUUGUUAUGGAUCUCUAUUGUGGAAUAGGAUAUUUCUCACUAAGUUACUUGCGCAAUGGUGCCAAACUUUUGUGUUGGGAGUUGAAUCCAUGGUCCGUCGAGGGAUUCUGUAGGGCAAUGGAACAUGCUGGGUACAAAUACCGACUAUUUCAAGAAACUGACACUUUUGAUAUCAUUGCUCUAAAUGAUGUAGAUGCUUGUGUUUUUCUCGAGAGUAAUGAGAAAGUAUUAAACAGGUUGCAGAAUGUGCAACGACAUAGCUUGAGAAUAAGUCAUAUAAAUUUGGGUUUACUACCUACAUCACAGCCUAGUUGGCCAAUUGUUAAUGAAGUGGUUCACAUUUACUCCAAUACGGAUCCAUUGGUACAUGUGCAUGAAAAUGUACACGUUGAGGACUUUGAAAAAUUAGGCAAAAAGAUUGAAGCCAAUUUCACUCGGGGAGAGGUUAUACACCAGGAAAAAGUAAAGACGUUUGCACCUGAUGUGUGGCAUGUGGUGUACGAUGUACGUGUUAGGAAGUAA